AUGAAGUUUUGUACGGAGUUUGUGCAAACUGAAAGAAUGAAGAUCAAUCGCUUUUAUGGCAUACUGAAGGCAGAAUUCAGGGAAUUUAUCACUCCCUCGAAAUGCGAGACCCUCGAUGAGCUUAUUAACUUGGCACGUGAUAGAGAGAUUGAGAUUAAAAGGCAAGAAGAGCGAGGUGAAAAGAGGCCAAGUGAAAAGGGUGCAAGUUCGAGUCCAUCAAAAAGGGGAAAGUUUCAAGAUCAUGGAAAGAAAGAUAAGUCAAAGGGUGGAAUAACUCCUUGCAAGACGUGCGGAAAACUCCAUACGGGAGAGUGUUUGUUAGGCAAGAAAGGAUGUUACAAAUGUGGUAAAGAAGGGCAUUCGUCUUAUCAAUGUCCAACUAGCCCGAAGACUUGCUUCAAUUGUUUCGAAAAGGGGCAUGUCAAAUCUGAAUGCCCAAAACUUCAGCAAGAGUCCAGAAAAGAAGAUAAGAAGCAAGAAGGUUCUAGGGCCAAAGGGAGAAUGUUCCAUAUUACAUCCGAAGAAGCCAAGUCUCACCCGAAUGUGAUUUCAGGUAUCUUUUUACUAAACUCCAUACCGGUUUAUGUUCUAUUCGAUACUGGAGCUACUAUGUCAUUUAUUUCGAAUGAAAUUAUACAACAUCCGUCCUUUAAGAUCGAACGAAUGCCAAUGCCUCUAGAAGUAGAAAUAGCCGAUAGUAAGAUUUAUAUGUUACACGAGGUUUGUAGAAAUUGUAAAUUCACUAUAGAAGAUGAAGAAUUUGACAUCGACCUUAUACCUAUGGUUUUGGGGGAAUUUAAAAUGAUUGUGGGGAUGGAUUGGUUCGCGCGAAACCAUGUGGAGAUUAAUUGUGAAAAUAAAGUAAUGCUUAUUCAAGCUCCAAGUGGAAAACAAUUAAGUAUUCAAGGAUAG